ACAUAAAUUUGAAGUGGAAAAUUAGUUCAUCCUGACACCAUGGAAAUAAUUUCUCAUAUCCUUGCAAUUGCAGGGGUUUUAGUGUUGGUGCUGUUGUACAAUCUGUGGAGAGUGAAAACUGGAAGUCAUAGUAAGGGUAUGUUAGCCCCAGAACCAUCGGGUGCCUUGCCAAUUAUUGGCCACCUUCAUCAACUUCGUUCCCAAUACACAAUCGCCAGAACCUUGGGUACCAUGGCUGAUAAACAUGGUCCCAUCUUCAGGUUCCGGUUUGGCAUGAAACCUGGAGUCGUGAUUAGCAGUCAUGAGGCAGUCAAGGUGUGCUUCACCACAAAUGACAAGGUUUUCGCUACACGGCCUAUGUCUAGCCAGGGAAAAUACCUUGGUUACGACUAUGCAGGAUUUGCGUUUUCCCCUUACGGAUCAUAUUGGAGUAAGAUGCGAAAGCUAGCGGUUUCUGAACUCCUCUCCAACCGCCGACUUGAGACACUCAAAGACAUGCAAAUCUCUGAGGUGGAUACUUUGGUUAAAAAUCUGUACUCUGUUUGCAAGAGCAACGAGCACAAGCCAGUCAAGGUGGCGAUUGGUGAAUGGCUUGAGGGCCUAACCGUGAAUAUAGUUACCAAAGUUAUUGCGAGGAAGAGAUAUUUUGGUUACGCCGAUGAUGGAAAUGAUGGAGAGGCAAAACGCAUAGGGAAACUUAUAAGAGAAUUCAUGUAUUUAGCUGGGACUCCUGUCAUGUUUGAUCUAAUUCCAUUUCUCAGAUGGAUUGAUUUGCAGGGCCAAGUGAAAUCAAUGAAGCAUGUUGCAGGGGAAUUCGACUCUCUAAUAGGAAGUUGGGUUGAAGAACAUAUUGCGAGGAGGCUCAAGAGUGAUGAGCAAAGCCACGAGCCAGACUUCAUCGAUGUCAUGCUUUCAACAAUUGAGGAGGAGUCCAUGUUUGGUCAUACCCGAGAAACCAUUAUCAAGGCAAUUGCAUCGACUCUAAUCUUGGGUGGUUCUGAUACUAUUUCUGUUAACUUGACAUGGAUCAUAUCUUUAUUAUUAAACAAUAAACAUGCUUUGAAGCGUGUCCAAGAAGAGCUAGAUCUCAAAAUUGGAAGAGAUAGAUGGGUGGAAGAUUACGAUAUGAAAGAUUUGGUUUACCUACAAGCCAUAAUCAAAGAGUCCUUGCGCUUAUACCCACCAAUCCCUUUAUCAGCUCCACAUGAGGCAAUGGAAGAUUGUCAAGUUUGUGGCUAUUUCAUUCCAAAGGGAACUCGUUUGUUUGUGAACAUAUGGAAGUUGCAUCGAGACCCAAGAAUUUGGGAGGAACCUGAUAAUUUUUUGCCCGAGAGGUUUCUUUCAAGCCAUGCAAAUAUGGAUGUUUCAAGGCAACAUUUUGAAUUCACACCAUUUGGGUCUGGAAGAAGAUCUUGCCCUGGAGACAUGUUUGCCUUGCAAGUAUCACAAUUGGCACUAGCUCGUUUGCUUCAGGGAUUUGAGUUAACAACGCCAUUGAACAAGCUAGUGGACAUGGAUGAGGGCUUAGGCAGCACCAUGGCCAAAGCAACUCCCUUAGAAGUUGUCUUCAGUCCGCGCCUUUCUUCCAAACUCUAUGAAUGCUAAAGAGAACUUCAAACUAUAUAUGUUUGGUUUCCUAAAAUAAUCUGUUUUCAGCCAGUCUGUGCACGUGCAGCUUGUUUGGAAAUUCGUAUGCAGUCUUUUUGUGGUAUUUUGUUGUAUGGAAAAUGCUUAUAAAUUAAUCCAAUCUUCUCUUAAAAAUGUUAGAGUGUA